AUCUUGAUGAGAUCCACUGAGAGACUUGGUACACAGAAGCCUGGCAGAUUAUCAGCCGAAACAAGAUGGCGCCAAUCAGGUACAGAUUUUACAAGCAGUUUUUCUUACUGACUUCUGUCCUGCUCAUCUCCAUGGCAACUGUCUACAAAACUGGGCCGGCAGCUAUAUAUAGAAGCACGCAUCACUACCUGGAGCACCUACUCGGGCAAGAUGGCGUCUCAGGGGAGAGAAGAACUGCCUGGACCAGAGCAGGGUCGGCCACAUCCGGCCCAGAGUUAGGGUCGGCCACAUCCGGCCCAGAGUUUCUGCAGCGCAGACGGUCGGUACGGGACGCCUGCGCGAGGAGAAACAACUGGGAGGGGCUGGGGCGGGUGGGGAGUGUGUUGACAGACGACAGGUCCGGGCUCGUCUACUGUCUGGUGCCCAAGGCGGGCUGCACGUACUGGAAGCGGCUGUUUGAGUCUUUACACAGGCAGGGUGGAAAAAAUAGAUCCCGUGACGACUUUGACAUUCCAAGGGAAGUAAUUCAUCAAUUACCCACCAGUCAGGGGACACAAUACGACGAGCGAGUUCACGGCCCUGAUCAUUACCCAACACGCGUCCUUGUGUACAGAGAUCCGUUUGAUCGUCUGCUGGCCUCGUACUUGGACAAAUUCUACUUGCCAGAUUUUUGGGAAGAUUACGGCCAAACUUUUAUGGAAAUGGUACAAGGAAUAGAUCAACAAAAAGUUGAAAAAACUGGGGAGGGCAAAAACCGGACGUGUAAAUGGUCUCAGCCGGACCCGGUCGGUGCCGGCGACUUUAUGAGGCGCCAUUUUGUCGAGAUGAAAUCAAAGUUCGGCGAGCAGCAGACGAGCGACUCAGCCUGCGGCAAGUACCUGACCUUCACAGAGUUCCUCGUGUCCAGCAUGUACGACCCCGAGCCCCACUGGCGACCCCUGCACCAGCUGUGCGACCCCUGCAAGUUCCUGCCCACACACAUCAUCAACAUGGACACCUUUACCCAAGACACACGCCAUCUUCUACAGACCAGAGGCAUCAGCGACUUUCUUGCCGCAUCUGUGGCAGAACAGGUGAGCGAGGAAAUGCACAUGCUGGUUGAGUACCACUUCUCACGUGUCUCCCACAGCGUGUUCCUGUCCACCUGUCUGACACCCCGGGAACUCGCCUACAGGCUCUGGCACAGUUUCCUCUGGAAGGGCUACAUCCCCCCCUCCUCGGGCUACAGGCUGCCUGACCUCAUCAGCCUGAGUGACGUCAAGAGAGACCUGCUGGAGCAGCUGAGGCGGGCCAGAGCGCAGGGUCAGGACGAGGCUGACCUACGGAGCUGGAGGGACGGAUACAAGUCUCGCUUCUUCUCGGACGUCCGCGCACCAAUCUGGCUGGAACUGUUCCGCAAGUUCCAGAUCGACUUGGACAUCUUUGGGUGGAGCCAAUUUGAGAAAGAUGUUUUAAACUGUAUUGUGUAGGUUCAUGUCCAACUCAGUUGUUACCAAAUGUCAUGUUACCAAAUGCCAUGCUACCAAAUGCCAUGUUACCAAAUGCCAUGUUAUCAAAUGCCAUGUUACUA